GGCGACAUAAUUUGGCCACCUCAGCUGGCCCGACUCAGAAGCGCCUUGGUUGACAUUGUUGUUGUUGCAAGUAAGAAACUACUUUGUCGUUGAGUUCUGUUUUGGAUUUACAGUAGACUGCAACCUCUGGAUUAGCUCAAAGUCAGGAAAAAUUGGUCUAAUAAAGGUGGAGGUUUUCACAGUAUUUGUCAAGAGGGAGGACCAUUAUGGGACGAUGAAAGAAAUGUCUGCGAGGCCGCUCAAGGUUUGGCUGGACGUGUAAGGCAAGUUGAAGAGCCCCUCUCCCCCUUCCCCUUGGUCCAGUGGUCUUGUCGGGGAGGGCGGAUCCCCUGUUUUUUUUUCUUCUACCCUGAUGCCGCCCUGUAAAUUCAUGAUCACAUGACCUUGGAUAUGGACGCAGUCCUGUCCGACUUUGUCCGUUCCACUGGAGCCGAACCAGGACUAGCCAGAGACCUGCUAGAGGGGAAGAACUGGGAUCUCAACGCUGCCCUCAGUGACUUUGAACAGCUGCGACAAGUGCAUGCUGGGAACCUGUCAUACUCUUUUGCUGAGGAGAGGACGUACCCAGCCCCGGAGAAGGAGAUGGCCAGGGUGGGGCGGCCCCUUCUGCACCGUCAAGAGGAGGUGCUGCAAGGUGAGAACAAUGCCACAGAGAAGCGUCUAUCGAGAGGCAUCUCCCAUGCCAGCUCUACCAUCGUGUCCCUUGCGCGGUCACACGUCUCCAGUACGGGCAACUGUAGUAGUGAGCCCCUUCUGGACACGCCUCUGUGCACAUUCCAGCUGCCCGACCUCACCGUGUACCGGGACGACUUUCGCGGCUUCAUCGAGAGGGACCUCAUCGAGCAAUCUAUGAUGGUGGCCUUAGAGCACGCCGGCCGACUCAAUUGGUGGACACGGGUGGGACCUAACUGUCAGAGUCUAUUGCCAUUGGCGACGAGUGGGGACGGAAACUGCCUGUUACAUGCAGCGUCAUUGGGUAUGUGGGGCUUUCAUGACCGCGACCUGAUGCUGCGGAAGUCUCUGUAUGCACUGAUGGACCACGGCCAGGAGAGGGAGUCGCUGAGACGCAGGUGGAGGUGGCAGCAGACCAUGCAGAACAAAGAGUCUGGUCUGGUGUACACAGAGGAGGAGUGGCAGAAAGAGUGGAAUGAGCUGCUAAAACUGGCCUCCAGUGAACCUAGGAUACACUACAGCACCAAUGGCAGCAAUGGGACGGAGUCUUCAGAGGAGCCUGUGUACGAGAGUCUGGAGGAGUUCCACGUGUUCGUCCUGGCCCAUGUCCUGAGGAGGCCCAUAGUAGUGGUGGCAGACACCAUGCUCAGGGACUCUGGAGGAGAGGCUUUUGCCCCCAUCCCAUUUGGAGGGAUCUAUCUGCCCCUGGAGGUGCCAGCUGCCAAGUGCCAUCGCUCGCCCUUAGUGCUGGCGUACGACCAGGCCCACUUCUCUGCCCUCGUCUCCAUGGAGCAGAAGGACGGCUCGAAAGAGCAAGUUGUGAUCCCUCUCACUGACUCAGAACACAAAAUGCUGCCUGUACACUUUGCAGUGGAUCCUGGGAAGGACUGGGAAUGGGGCAAGGAUGACACGGACAAUGUCAUGUUGGCAAGUGUGACCCUGUCCCUGGAGGCAAAGCUCCAGCUGCUACACAGCUACAUGACUGUUACCUGGCUGCCCCUGCCCUGUGAGCAGGCACCUUUGGCUCAGCCCGAGUCCCCCACCGCCUCUGCAGGAGAGGACGCCCGCACCCCUCCCGACUCAGGAGAAUCCGACAAGGAGUCGGUCAGCAGCAGCUCCAACGGUGAUGCAAUGACGACUGCAGGGGCGGCCAGCGCAGGUGGAGGUGUGUCGACUAAGAACAGCUCCUCUUCCUCCAGCUCGUCCAGUAACAGCUCGGUAACAUUGACGACGGGUAUGGGGGGAAAGGAAAAGCCCAAGAAGGAGAAAGACAAAGACAAGAAGAGGGCUGACUCUGUGGCCAACAAGCUGGGCAGCUUCGGCAAGAGCCUGGGCAGCAAGCUUAAAAAGAACGUGGGCGGGCUGAUGACGGGGAAGAAUGCAGGAGGCAGCGGGGCCAAGCAGGAGGGCACAGAGAAGAAAGGUUCGCUGAGGGGGCGGAAGGGCAGCAAGGACAGCUCGCCUUCGGCCCACGCUUCUGAGGACUCUGGGAAGUGCUCGCCGUCGUCGGGAAGUGAGCGUCAGAAUGGCACGGGCGGCGGCAGCAGCGAGAGUGACCCGUAUAAGUACAGUGCCGACGUAAAGGCGAGCCUGGGCAUCCUGCGGGCGGCCAUGCAGGGCGAGAGGAAGUUCAUCUUCGCUGGCCUGCUCACCACCAGCAACCGCCAGCCCUUCCAGGAGGAGAUGAUCCAGCGCUAUCUGUCUGACGCUGAAGAGCGCUUCCGGGUAGAGCAGGAGCAGCAGCGGCGAGAGGCAGAGCGGAAAGGAAGCACCAACGGCGUCCAGCAGCCGAAGAAGGAGGCAACGGCAGGCACAGAGGUGGGCUACCGCACCUAUGAACCGAAAGAGGAGCCGGCUGAGAGCUCACCGCCCAACUUCAGCAACCUCAAGUCGUCCUCAUUCAACCCCUCACUCUACUCCGGCGUGGUGCCCAUCCCCCGGCCAACCUUCAUGGACCAGCCCCCCUCCCCGGCCCCGCUCACUCAGCACCCACACAUGCACGGCUACAUGGAGACGCGGCGCCAGCUUGCAGGCGGCUCCCCAGCCUCGUCUUAUCCCGGUCUGCCCUCCUACGCCACCCUCCCCCGCCACUGCCCCAUGGCGCAGGGCCCCCCUCACCCCCAGUACCACCCCCCGCAGGCACCCCUCAGCCCCUUUCGCCUCAUCCCCUCUUUCGCACCCUCAUACCUCCCCGAGCACGACCCUCCAGACUACCCCACCUCAGAGCCUGUAGGCGGGGGCUACACUAACGGAUUCCGGGACGUGCGCUCCGGCCUGGAUGUUCCUCGCAGCGGGCCUCUCCCGGUCAGGCACUACUCCCUGGGCAGCGCCGGAGGCCUGUCCAGCCGCUGCCGGACGCCCAGCUGCAACUACUACGGACACCCCGAGACGGGCAACUACUGCUCCUGCUGCUACCGAGAGGAGCUGAAGAGGGAGACGGAGCCAGCCAUCCACAGGUUCUGAACAGAUGGACUGACCAGAACUGGCUUUGUGGCCACCAACCACAAGGAAACUGAUGGAUGAGAUUUCUUGCUAUAGGACGAUACAGAGCCUGGCCCUCUCAUCGCAUCACUUCCUUCUCUAAAGGCAACACUGUGUGUUGAGAGCGUCCUGAACAGGAUCAGUACAGUGACUUCAGAGACUGGCGAGAAGGGGGCUGUGGCUGGCGGCCGCUGCGGCGAGCGUUAGACAAUAGGACUGUGCACAUCUCUUACAUUUGCUGUGGCUCUUAUGCAGUGUGUGUGUGUGUGUGUGUGUGUGUGUGUGUGUGUGUGUGUGUGUGUGUGUGUGUGUGUGUGUGUGUGUGUGUGUGUGUGUGUGUGUGUGUGUGUGAGAACUGCAGGCUCUCCUCCACUUUGUCCCCUCGUUGCCUUGCAACUGUCUCCUCCUGGUGGAGAGAAUGUAUACGGCAGGCGAUACACGCACACUGACAUUCACAUUACACACACAAACUAACACUGCACGAGCACAACCAGAAACUUCUUGAUUAUCACUCUUCUCCAUAUGUGGAGACGACCUAUAUUUGGCCCUGUAAAUUGGUGGUAUAUUAACAUAUGAAUCAGUCCUUCGAUGUCUUGUCUAUUCAACCAGAGGGUUAGAGAUGUAUGCAGACGAACUAGCCUAAGACAUUACUGUUACCGGGUGCUCAUGUAUGACUUGGGAAUGAACCGUGCUCUUUCCUGAUGAGUAGUUGGGUUUCUUUUGCGUUGGUCCUCGCUCUUGUAAUGCAAAUUGAAACUACAGUAUUAUGUUACAGUAUUUGCUGUUCUGUUUGCUUCAAUGGUGCUGCUAACAUUCCAGAAUGCAACAGGCCCCCUCUAUACAAGUUCAUCUCAAAUAUAAACAGGCAAACAGAUAGCCCUAUCCAUCCUUAAGAUGCCUUUUAUGGCAAAGUAGCCAUCCAAUCUAAAUUCACCACUGUGUCCAGAUAUCAGUCAAGUACAUUUUUAAACUUCUACCAUUUUUAGAUGUCUCCCAGUAUCAAUUAUAGAACAUACAUGGCGGAGUACUGCGGUAGAUAUUCCCGAAUGGCUAAUAUACAGUUUUUAGUAAGGUUGCUCGAAUCUUACUGUUCCUGGCUUGUUUUUGUCAUUUUAUAUCCAUCAUGAAAAUGAGGCAUUUCAAUAAUAUGCUGGUACGUUUAGGGUCAUCCAACACUACUAAACCGGCAUUCAAAACCAACUCCCCUCGCAUGUUCAGCUCAAGACCUCAAGGUAAUCAGUACAUGCUAAACUGAUGAACGUUCACAUUUUGAUUGAAAAAGACACUGUCCAUUGUAACAUUGUAACUGUCAAUUAGUCUCUGCUUCUCUUGUGGCUGAGAAAGGUAACAGGUAUUUUAUGGAAUCUUGUCCAUAGGGCUGUGUUACUUUAGCCUAAAUAUUCAAAACUUUUCAUGAAUACCUACUUAUGGCAAACCCCAAAUUCCUGACAUGGACACCCCAUUGAUACGAUUAAAAACAAGUUGGAUUGUUUAACCCAACUCCCCUUCAAGUCCUAAUUGAAGGCAUUGUGUUGAUUCCAAACAAGUGACUGACACCUGUCGCUUAACCUCUUUCUGCACAAAUUCAAGCACUUUCCUAAUGUCCGUAGAUAUUUUGUUACCGUUUUGAAGGUAUCUGACUGUUAUGUUGUCCUUAGGUCAUGUCAGAACUGUAGACACUGCCACCUCUACUUGCAGGAGGGCAGAUGCAUGGGCUAGAACCCCUUCGCUAAGGAUUCAGUUACCAUGGGAACAGCCUUUUGGUGCCAGUAUUGUGGUUUAACUCUAUUUCCUAGUUGCCUUUUUCAGUCUCUUGUCCUUGUGGCAUUACAAUCUUGUUUGUAUGUUUUACAAAAUGUGCAUCAGGUGUACAAUACUCGUUUUUGCUGCAGUUUCUCUUCUGGUAUUUUUGUACCCUACUCAGUGUAAAGCCCCUGUUUUUAAUUAUUUUCAUUUUGCACCCAGACAUGGAGUCAUUGUUCGAAGAUCAUAACAAAGUGAUUUAGAGAUCAAAUGUAAAAAAAAAAUAUAUAUAUAAAUAAUAAUUCUGGAGUUUGGAACAUAUCACAUUUUUUAGAUACCGUUUUGGUCUUGUGUUACACUCAAUGAUUUGCAGAUUAGGAAUUGAUUUGUUUUUCUCAUCACCAAUGUAUUAACACUUUCUCAUCCAAGCCGUGUUAUUACCAAUGAGCCAUGUAGAAUCAUGAGGAAGACCAAUCUUCCUGACUCUAUAAACUCUUUUCACUUGAAGCACAAUAGGGAGAGAAUAUCUGUAUGCAAUUCACUGCCUUACCCAAUGGAUGGCGCUCUUGUAUUUGUAUUCAAUGUUCCUGGAAGUUUCCAUGCCCUAAACCAAAAAUACAAAAGAGAACAAUUUAAGGGUACUAAGAUUUGAGUUUAUAAAAAUAAAAAAAUGAUUGCCAAGGUUGAGGGACUCUUCUCUCUCUUUUUAAGUAAUGUUUGUCUUUUGAGAGGUAGUUCAAACAUGCGGCUCAAAAUAGUCACCCUUUAAGGGAUGCUCCAUGACUUCGAGGUGGCAUGGGCAUCUUGAAUUGGAACCAACCAUUCCCCACAAAACCAUUAAGCUAUAUCCCAAACAAUAUUUCUGUGUGACGUGGGGUGUGUGCGUGUGUUUGUGCGCUUACGCUGUAUGAAACCAUUUUGCAACAAAAAAUUGCAGCUCAUAAGGCACAAACAGGUCAUCUUUAAUGAAAAGAUGAUGGCUAACUAAGAAACGGGUGUAUGCGAGCUGUCUCCUCUCCUUCCAAUGUAAUAAUAUUUGCUUACAUCAACAACAUUGGAUGGCUUACAGACAACAUCUUGAACAUUUGACUUAGACUGCAAACAUUUUUGUAUAAAAAACAAAUGACAGUGAGGUUGUAUAUGUUCAAGUUAUUUUUGUAAACCCAAUGUUUUACAAUGUUUUUAAAGAUAAUCUAUAUUGACGGAUACUAAAAUUAGUGGAAGAUAAGCUUGUAAUAGCCUGGGUGUAUGGAGGAGUCAGUAUUCACCAAAAUGGACAGUUUGGUUGUCAAGGUUGAUCACAAAAGAGCCUCCUAAACUCAAAGGUUUCUCAUUAGCAAAGUAGUUUCCUCCUUGCUGACCUGACGAUAUGAUUUGAGAAUAUAUAUUUAUAGUGAGAUUAUUUUUUUCAGAAGCUUCCUUUUGGAAUGUUUAGUUGAACUUUUAGUAUGUUCUUUCUUACGUGUCAAACAGACUGGCUUUUAUUUGUUUGUUUUUAUUUGAAUUUUAAGUGUUCAUUUAAAAAAAAAAAAUCUCACCACCAAUCCAUGCAAUGCUAACACAUUACAGCAAUGAUUCAAUACUUGAUUGUUGAUGUUUUCAACCUAUGCUCUUGCUGCAAUCCCUCUCUCGGAAUAAGAUGGCUUUGAAUUUGUAAUACUAAGUAACUGACCCAUUAUUUUUAUAUUGUACAUUUUCUCUCAUUUCUAUGGGACAGAAUAGUCAUCAGCAACAUGAACCUGGGAUACUUUAGUUGCAUGGGACUGGAACUGUUGCAUGUAAAUGACUAUCCGUUUAACCAAAUUUGUGCAUUAUUUUGAGCUGAUUUGAGCAGUCCUGGUUUUCUGACCUGUUUGUUUUAUCUUCAUCUUUUCAUGUUUGGAGAGGAGAGGCUGUGACAGUGCAAUCUGGAUGGAAAGAACAUCUGAUUUAAAUUUUUACAAAAAAAAAUGUUGCACUGUUUGAAUAAAUUCUCAUUGUAUUUCAACAUGAUGGCAAUCCCAAAAGUUUUA